UACAUUUUUUUCUAAUUUAAAAAAAAUAUAUUUUUCUCAGUUUUUAGUGCACCAGAACACCAAGAAGAGAAUAGCUCCAAUGAUCAACCAAAAUGGCCAACAAUGAUUUCUUAUUUUGAAGAACUUAAAUCAAGCGAUUUAAAUGCAAACAGAAAUAAUUUGAUUUUUAAAUGCAUUUUGUGUGGUUCAAAAGAAAAAUACAUUUCUACUUCAAAAUUAUCAAAUUCAAAUCUUAAAACACAUAUCAAAAUUAAGCAUCCAAAUGAUUUGGCAGAAUUCAAUAAUUGUAUGAAAAAAAGACCAACAUAUUCUACAACAAUGUCUCAUAAGCAACUUAAAUUAAGCGAGGUUAGUAAAGUUUACCCAAUCAAAAAGUUGGAUCAAGCUGAAUUUGAUAAGGCUAAUUUAAGACUUAUAAUUGAUACGGUAUCACCCUUUUCAUUUGUUGAGCAUCCAGCGUUUGUAAAUUAUUGUAAAGUUACGUCAAAUAAGGUUCCUGCAUCAUGUAGAAGUUUAAUGCGUGAUGUUGAAUAUUUGUAUAAUAAAAUGAUACACGAAAUGAUCAGUGAAUUAGAUACAGUUAAAUAUGUAUGUAUUACAGCAGACUGUUGGAGCAUAUUCCAUAAAUCAUACAUAGGAUUUACUAUCCAUUGGAUUAAUCCUCAAAUGCUUGAAAGAUGUUCAAAAGGACUUGCUUGCAGACGAAUGAUAGGAAGGCACACUUACGAUAAUAUUGCUGAAUCAAUAGACAAAGUACUCGAUGAAUUUAAAAUUCAGAAUAAAACAACAUUAAUAGUCACUGGCAAUGCAGCAAAUUUUGUCAAAACUUUUAGAAUAUAUAGUAAUGAUAAUGAUAAUGAUCUAAAUGAAUGCAUUGGUGAAUCUGAAGAAAAUGAAGUCUCUAUAGAAAUAACAAACACUCUGGAAGGUGAAUUAUCUGAUGUUGAUAACCUCAUAAGCAUAUCAUUACCCCCUCACCAACGGUGUGCAGCACACACAAUGAAUCUUAUUGCUUCAGUUGACAUUAAAGAUGCUGAAAAAGACCUUGCAUAUAGAACCAUCAGUCAUAAAGUAUUUAAAAAGUGCCAAGGAAUAUUUAACAAACAGAAUCAAUCUACCUUAAGUGCAGAUAUCAUUAAAAAUCAUCUUGGCCGAUAUCUUAUUACACCAAAUGCCACAAGGUGGAAUUCAUAUUAUGAUGCGAUGAAAUGUAUUCUUGAAAAUAUUGAUAAAAUUGAAGAUGUGUGUAAUGAUUUACAACUAACUACCAUUUCAGGACCUCGUGAAAUCUCAUUUUUACAAGAAUACUGCAAUGUCAUGAAACCUAUAUCUAGAGCAUUGGAUAUAUUGCAGGAUGAUAAAAAUGUAUCUUUGGGAUAUUAAUGCAGUACAUAAAUCAUUAAACGAUAUGAAGAAUAUAGUUUUCUGUAGACCAUUAGUUAUUGCACUUAAAAGAGGAUUAAAUAAAAGAUUCACGAGAUAUAUGGAGUCAAAGAUGUGCCAAGUGGCCGCCUGUUUGAUACCAAAAUUCAAAAUCAAUUGGACUGUAGAAGAUGAUAGAAACAACAUAAAAACUUCACU